GAAACCGGAAGAUGCCAAACAGUAGUCAAAGUGAACGAAGCAGCAGUUCAUGGCAGUCCUUUCUCGGUUCAAGUUUCACCCAGACAAUUCAGACUCGUGUUAUCCUUAAGUCAACAAGGUUCGUCUCCUGAAAUGUUACGCAAUCCCUGGGGAGUGGCAGCGAUUGAACGUAAUGAAAUGGUAGUGACCGAGACAGAUAACCACAGGGUUCAGGUAUUCAGUAGCCAUGGAACGUACUUAAGAUCUUUUGGUAACAUAGGUGACAAACAGGGAGAGUUCAACUGGCCUGCUGGGAUAGCUUCUGAUAGAAACAGUAACAUUAUAGUGGUGGACAAUGGUAACCACCGUGUUCAAUUGUUCACUGAGCAGGGUGAAUACCUGAGUCAGUUUGGUGGUAAAGGAAAUCUUGAUCAUCAGCUGUUUAAUCCUCUUGGCUUAUGCGUAGACGACGGAAAUAUAAUCAUUGCUGAUUCAGACAACAAAUUAAUCAAGAUGUUUUCUCCCGAAGGCCAUUAUUUAAGUAAAUUGGGGGGUGAGGGUUUUUUAACUUUUCUCUUUUACUGUAUACAGUCUGGAAAAUAUCUGAUAGUGUCAGACUACGAUGAACAUUGUAUCAAAGUGUUUGAUAGAAAUGGUAAUUUUUUGUACAAAUUUGGAAAGAAGGGGGAGGGGAAUGGGGAAUUCAACAAACCUCGUGGUUUGUCAAUUAACAAGGCAGGACACCUGCUGGUCUGUGAUUCAUUGAAUUUCAGAGUUCAGGUAUUUGAUCUUAGUGAAAAGUUUAUAACAAAGUUUUGA